AGCCGGAGCCGCCGAGCCCCGAGCCGCGGGCCGGGCCCUGAGGAGGUUCACAGGAAGAAGCGUCUUCCCGGCGGAGGGGGGGCGCCGCCCGCCGGCGAGAGGAAGCCCCCCAGCCGGCCCCGACGGCGCGCGUUUUACCACAGCCGCGCCCCCGCCGCCGCGCGCCGCGCCUGUCACCGGCCCCUCCAUCUUAGAAGGGAAGAGGCUGUCCCCCGCCCCUGCCCCAGGAGCCGCAGCCGGAGGCGCCGCGACAUGGCGUUCAGCCCUUGGCAGAUCCUGUCCCCCGUGCAGUGGGCGAAAUGGACGUGGUCUGCGGUGCGCGGCGGGGGCGCCGGAGAGGACGAGGCCGGAGGGCCCGAGGGCGACCCCGAGGAGGACGACUCGCAAGCCGAGACCAAGUCCUUGAGUUUCAGCUCGGAUUCUGAUGGUAAUUUUGAGACCCCUGAAGCUGAAACACCGAUCAGAUCACCUCUCAAGGAAUCCUGUGAUUCGUCAGUAGGAUUGGCAGGACCUGGGGCCAAAAUCCAAGAAUCAGAAGAAGCUGAUGAACAUCUGGUAGCAGAAGUGGUUGAAAAAUGUUCGCCUGAUGCUUCUCCUAGACCCUCAGAAAAUGAGGUGCCACAGCAGGCCAUUGAUUCUUACUCAGUCAAGGAUUUCAGAGAAGAACCUGAAUAUGAUAUUAGCAAAAUUUCAGUAGUGAGGCCAUUUUCAAUAGAAACGAAGAAUUCCACAGAUAUCCCAGCAGCUCUUGGAACGAAAGCAGCUCAUGGCUGUGUAACUACAGUCUCAGGUGAGGCUUUGCCCUCCAGCACGCCAGAAACCAUCCAGGACAGGGCAAUGACAGAAGGUAGCAUGGGGGUUACUCUUGAGGCUUCCACAGAAGCUCAUCUGAAGGCAGAAAACUCCUGUCCAGAGCCUGUGUCCAGCAGAAGCAAGCUAAGAAAGCCCAAACCCAUCUCUCUGAGGAAGAAAACCACUGGGGGAGAAAUCUCAGAAACUGAAACUGCUGUGGAGGGCACAACUCUGCCCAUAGCAUCCUACCAGCUCAGCCCCCUAGGAUCAGAUGAGAGCACAAAGCCUUCUUUGCUGGGAGGUGCCAAGAUCCAUAAGUCUCCCCCUGACGUUAAAGAAACUUCAGGCACUUUCAGUAGUGACACCAAUGACUCAGGGGUUGAGCUGCUGGAGGAGCCGAGGAGCUCACCUCUCAAGCUCGAAUUUGAUUUCACAGAAGAUGUGGAACAUGUAGAGGCCAAGAAAGCCCUUCCAAGGAAACUUGGCAGGAAACUGGGUAACAAAGUGACUCCCAAGACACAAAAAGAUGGCAUCAGUAAGCCAGUAGGUACGGAACAGCCUCCAGACCCAGCAGCAGGAGAUGCUCCUCUGUCCCAAGCUUCUUCUAAGCUGGAUCCUGGUCAUUGGGAUGACCCCAGCUUUAAUCCUUUUGGGGGCCACUCUGUUCUGCAGAACUCCCCACCCCUCUCCUCUAAGGGCUCCUACCACUUUGACCCAGAUAACUUUGAUGAAUCCAUGGAUCCCUUUAAACCAACUACGACUUUAACAAGCAGUGACUUUUGUUCUACUACUGGUAAUCAUGUUAAUGAGAUCUUAGAAUCACCCAAGAAGGCAAAGUCGCGUUUAAUAACGAGUGGCUGUAAGGUGAGGAAAUAUGAAAUUCAGUCUCUUGCUUUGGAUGCAUGUUCUCAGGAUGAAGGAGCAGUGAUCUCCCAGAUUUCAGACAUUUCUAAUAGGGAUGGCCAUGCUACUGAUGAGGAGAAACUGGCAUCCACAUCAUGUGGUCAGAAAUCAGCUGGGGCCGAGGUGAAAGGUGAGCCAGAGGAAGACCUGGAGUACUUUGAAUGUUCCAAUGUUCCUGUGUCUACCAUAAAUCAUGCGUUUUCACCCUCAGAAGCAGGCAUAGAGAAAGAGACGUGCCAGAAGAUGGAAAAAGAUGGAUCUGCUGGGCUUGGGCCGUCCGAGUGCUCUACAGAGAAGGGCCCUGUGUCCACGGCCUGCGGAGGCGAGAGCCCCCUGGAUGGGAUCUGCCUCAGCGAAUCAGAGAAGACCGCCGUGCUCACCGUGAUAAGGGAAGAGAUAAUCACUAAAGAGAUUGAAGCAAAUGAAUGGAAGAAAAAAUACGAAGAGACCCGACAAGAAGUCUUGGAGAUGAGGAAAAUUGUGGCUGAAUAUGAGAAGACCAUUGCCCAAAUGAUUGAAGAUGAGCAGAGGACAAGCAGGACAUCUCAGAAGAGCUUCCAGCAGCUGACCAUGGAGAAGGAGCAGGCCCUGGCCGACCUCAACUCUGUGGAAAGGUCCCUUUCUGAUCUCUUCAGGAGAUACGAGAACCUGAAAGGCGUUCUGGAAGGGUUCAAGAAGAAUGAAGAAGCCUUGAAAAAAUGUGCUCAGGAUUACUUAGCCAGAGUUAAACAGGAGGAACAGCGAUAUCAGGCCCUGAAAAUCCAUGCAGAAGAAAAACUAGACAAAGCCAAUGAAGAGAUUGCUCAGGUUCGAACAAAAGCAAAGGCCGAGAGUGCAGCUCUCCAUGCUGGACUCCGAAAGGAACAGAUGAAGGUGGAGUCGCUGGAGAGAGCCCUUCAGCAGAAGAACCAGGAAAUCGAAGAACUGACAAAAAUCUGUGAUGAGCUGAUUGCAAAGCUGGGAAAGACUGACUGAGCAUCCCCCAUUAGCUCAGCAGAUCUGCAUUUGGCUGCUUCUCUCGUGACCACAAUUAUCUUGCCUUAUCCAGGAAUAAUUGCCCCUUUGCAGAGAAGAAAAAAAAAAAAAAAAGCACAUGCCUAUAGCUGCCUGGCCCGCUUUGCUGCCAAUGCAACAGCCCUGGAAGAAACCCAGAGUGUCGCACAGUCACGAGAGGACUGUGGUCAAGUGCUGGAGUCUUUUGCAGUCCUGUCCAUGGGUUCAGUUAGACAGGCUGCUGAGCGUGGGUUUGUGAUUCCUCUACCUUCAGUUUGUUUUAAAGUCAUCUUUACUUUUCCAAGUGCAUUAAAUUGAUAGUUUUGUGGCUACUAUUUGGGGUCAUCUUUCCACCACCUUUCGGAUUUUAAUCUUUUAAUUUUCAAUAUCAGUGGUUUUAUUUUAGGAAUUAAUUUGGCCUAUUGUUACUUUCAGUUUAUAAACAAAAAGGGGCUCUGAGUACCCUUUUAUGCACAUGUGUGUAUAUAUAUAUACAUAUAUGUAUAUAUAUAUACACACAUGCUGCUACUGUUUUUCCUGAAGCGUAGUCAAAUAAGAAGUUCUCUCCAAAAGAUCAGAUUUCCUUACAUGUUAAAACCCUAUUUUGCUUUUUUUGUGGCUGGCCAGUAUGGAGAUCUGAACCCUUGACCUUGGUGUUACAAAGCUGUGCUCUAACCAACUGAGCUAACUGGCCAGCCCCAUAAAACCUACUUUGAAAUAGAGGCCUGGCUCAGAAUGCCAACUUAAGAAUUUGGGGAAUUAAAGACGUGAACACUGCAGACUCGGGCUUCACAUCUAGGGAAGACUUUGCCAUGUCUCGUUGCCCUGGUAUUUGGACGCUCCUCAGCUCUGAUGGGUGCAGCCCUUUGGGGUUAGUCCUUGCAUUGGAAGUCGUGUCUGCUUUCUGCAUAAACAGCAGUAUGGGACUCCCUCAGAGCUGCGGUUUGGCAAAUCUGCUCUCUAGUCAGUCUCCUCUGUUUCCAUUUGUUAAUACAAAGUCAACAUUUAAUCUUUGUUAUCUUUCUAUUAAAAUAUGCGAAGAAAAUCUACUUGUAGAAGGUUUACAUGAUCUUAUUAAAAGGUAACUGUAGCCCCAUUACCAAUUAUAAGGUGAAGAAACAUUUGUAUUUCUAACAAGUGUGAUGCAUUCCUCAGAUAUUUUUAAAAACGAAAAAUCCUUUUAGACUUCAGAUAAAAUUUGUAACUAAACAGGCAGCAAAAUUCAUGUGAACCACUCCAAAAAUAAGAGCAUUUUGAAUAUGUUUAAACAAAGAUAAUUUGAAUACUGGGGAGGGGAGUGCAGGGAGAAGGUCCAUACUAGCAAAAUCCAGUUCCUCGAGCUCUUACUGGCCUCAGUUCAGAGUGGUGGGACCUUAAUCCCAAUAGAAAUUGUCCGUGUAAUGCCAGUGAAUUCCCUUUCAUUUGGUAGGUAAAACCAAACCCAUGCAAGUGUUUAAAAGCCCUCUUUUGUCUUAAUCUUACACUCUGAAAGUCUUCAUGGUGACAUGCACUGUAUUCAGUACAUGUGGACUUCCUUCCUACUUUCCUUGUAAAACUAUUGCAUGAAGCAGCUUCAGCAAUGACUUGUGCCUAGUGGACAACCUCUAUAGACCUUAAAAAGAGAAUUUUUCUUUAGCAGUGUAUUAUUCACAUGGGUGUAGUCUUUAGCCCCAGGGAGAUCAAUGUCUUUUAAAGCCCGAAGUCACAUUUUACCAAUAUGGAUUUAUCUUAAUUGGUGCUUAGGCUGUAUUUUAAAGCCUAUUAUCAUAACAUUUUGUACAAAAAAGAACAACAGGAAUGAUCUGUGGUUGGAGAAGUGGCUUGACAGUCAUUUGGGCUUUGAAAGUAGUCACUGUGGUUUGAUGUGAAUGCUCUGUUAGUGUCAUAGUAUCAAGUACAAGCAUCUGUCUCAGUCCUUGAGCACGAGGGAAAUUAAUUUUGCAUUUCACAGGAAACAUGUUGCUAAACCUUUUUGCUGCUGUGUUUUGGUGACAUCUCCAUAUUAACUUGUUUUGUAUUGAUCUGUUUGAAAGGCUUAUAGUGGUCUCCAUUAUAAAUCCAUAGCCAUCUUUUUAAGCUUAUUGUGUUUUAAAAAUAGCUAUGUGUUGGGCUGACCCCCUGGCUCACUCGGCUGAGUGCAGCGCUGGGAGCACUGAGGCCGCGGGUUCAGAUCCUAUAUAGGGAUGGCUGGUGCGCUCACUGGCUGAGCGCGGUGUGGGCGACACCAAGCCAAGGGUUGUGAUCUCCUUACUGGUCACAAAAAAAACCCAAACAAAAACAAACAAAAAAAUAGCUAUGUGUUAAAACAGAGGUGGCGACAAUCCUUCCCCAGCACACUGGUAGAAGAGACCCCUUAAAAACUAGACCCUAGUGAAUGAAGUCAAGGAGCAGGAAUACAAAAGGGCCCUUGUUAGGUAAGGUUUGUGACUGGACUCUCAGCUGUGACCACUGUUCUAGUGAAAUGUCUUUCCAAGGAAAUGUCCACCAUUCUAAUUCAAUAGAUGGGUACUCUUCAACAGGAAUAAAAACGCAGCUUGUGCAGCUGGCAUAUUAAGAGAACAUACCAGGGGCUGGCCGUUAGCUCACUUGGUGAGAGCGCAGUGCUGAUAACACCAAGGUCAAGCGUUCGGAUCCCUGUGCCGGCCAGCUGCCAAAAAAAAAGAGAGAAUAUAGUGGGGCAAAGUGAAGUGUUUUUUUAUUUUUCUUUUAAAAUGAGAAAAAAUAAAGAAAACUUUUAGAACUCUGGAGAGUAAGAAUAUAGUCUAGAGUUUGCUUCAACAUGUGUGAGGGCCGUACUACUUGUUAGCAGUAAUGACCCAUGUUAUGAGUGAGAAGCGAGAACAGAAGGAAGCUGCUGGCUCGGCUUAUGAUUUGGGAACAUCAGGUGAUCUUGCUGAGACUGGAUCCAGAGCCAGCAGCUUUAGUUUUUCACUUUUCCAAAGUGUAGAUAGUCUUUAACAGUAUUUUAAUUGGAGACUUUGAUGUAAGAGACUGAGCAAUUCCCCGUUUGGCUGGCCUUGAUAGUUGGUUGCAGUCAGACCUCUUGAGAUUUCCUUCAUUUGGUGAAGCUCCUUGAAGCUAGAAGCUUUUGUUCUGGAAAUGCUGAGAAGCCCGUUUUCUCACGUGGUUUCCAGCUUCUUCAGAUUCAGCCCAAAUUAGGAAGUGCAGAAGCACAUGAGUGAAAACCCCGGGAUCUGCAGCCUUCCAGAAUGGUAUGGAAUCUCACGGGGAAGAUUGACAAGUCGCUUUGGAGGACAGCUCCAGCUGAAUUUUCUUUCAGCAAGUUACCCUUUCUACAUAUCCCACAUUUUGUACAACUUUCAUAUGAACACUUGGAUAUUUAUUAGACAGCCCUGAAUUCUGUCUAAUUAUAAACAAGGAGUAUAAACCGCCCCAAAUCUUCCUGGGCUGACUAAAAGAGCCGGGUUGACGCUUUCACUUUCAAUAAAGGUAACAGAGUUACAGAGUUGGAAAUGAUUCAGCACAUCCUUUCAGGGGGGUCAGAAUUUUAAAGCCCCCUUUUUCUUCCUCUUGGUUUUCAUUAUAGUUGCCAGCCAUCUCAUGAAUUGUUCGUGACUGUUCUCUCUUGGUAGUUGUGUGACUGCGUGACCUUGCUCUCAGACUCGGGUUUCUGACUUUAUCCUGUUGGGAAAAGAGAAGCUAGGUGCUGAAAGAUUAAAUGGUUCAAGCAAGGGAUUUUAAAGUAAAGAUGUAUAUAUAUAUUAUGAAGAAUUUAAAAGAUAACAGAUUAUUAUUUGCUUAUUAAAGAACAAAUAUAGUCUGGGAAUCCCAGAAUGUUAAGCCAAAGGUCUAAAAAGUCAUCUUCAAAGACUUGAAUAAAGAAAUAUUUUGAGGAGAUAUUUGUCCAGAAAUGUUUGACUGGCUUCCAGGUUCCAGUUAUUUUUAAAAUGCAAUUUACCACUCAGUCCUUGAGUCCCCCAUAAAGUAAAGUGAAAGGGACUGAUAUAAUAGACUUAUCUCUAAGGAUGUCCUCUGGGAGAGAAUAUGAACAGCAGCAUUCUGCAGCAAAGACCCGCUCCCUGCUGCCAGAGCUUGCAUCCUGGAGACUAAAGACUGCACUUUUCCUAGUCUUUCAUUCAAAUGCAAUCCCAUUUCUGUGCCUCUUAGCAUGCAGUUAGAUUUGGACAAACAAGAUUCCUAAGGAAUGACUUUUUAACUAUAAUAUGGUUGCAGCUAUUAUAGAAGUAUGUGUUCUGGCUGAAGUUCUAAUGUGGAAUGUGGCCUUUGAUGCUGGCCCAUCGCAGUCUGUGUGACGCUUUAACUCUCGGGGUGGAGGCCAGGUUGGGAGCUGAGGUGUGGCCUGAACCUUCCCCCUGUCAAUUCUUCACGUUGGAGCUGUCAAGAUGGCACUCCCCCCCCCAGCCCACCCCCACACAACUUUUAGUGGUAUUUGAAAUAUACUGCAAGGAGUAUUUCCUAGUUACACCAUUAACUGAUAUUCUAUAUUUAUGAAUAAUUUUCAAAUGGACAUAUAAAAAUUUGAAUUCUCAGAUCACCACCAGUCUGGUCGCAGGGGAGUGUGUAGGUUACUUCGCCCACAGCUUCAGCCUCGUCUUGCUCAGCCGUUGGGAUGGGAUCCAGGCAUUUCUUUGAAAACUCAGAGGUGGCAGUAAACUUGUCAUUGUUGCUGUUAGCAAGUGUGUUUGCCAUACAUACCCACUGUACUCAUGUGCCAUCUGCUUCCACUGUGUCCCUGCGGGUGCCACAAAGCAUGUGAGGAGCUCCUCUGGAGGGUGAGCGCUGCACUGACUACUGCUAUCAGGAUUGUGUUGUGUGGAUAAUCAUCUACAUAAAUUUUAUAUGCACAGUAAUGUCUCUUUUUAUAUGUCAGGUAAAUAUUUGUAAAAGUUAUACUCACACAAAUUAUUAUAAUGAUUGCUAAUAUAUU